AUGUCGCUAAUUGGCGCCACUUCGGGCGCUUUGCUCUUCUCGGGUGCUACACUAGUUGUUUCACUUUUUACUGCCGCUGCUAUCUAUGGUCAAGUCAAUUCUAUUUGGAGCGAACUCGACGCCGAGAUGAGCAGUUUUAAAAUACUCACUGACGAUCUCUGGAAAGACAUGGUCGGUCUCGGAGCAGGUACCCCAUCAAAUCGCAUACGGCGGCAGUCUUACGGUGGUUACGGAGCCAGCGGUCAGGCGAAUCCUGCUCCCAGCUCCUAUGGCGGCUAUGGCUCUUCAGAAUCGGGUUCAGGUGGACCAGCGAAAAACCCUUCAGCGGGCUACGGAAACCCCACACCGCCAAAUUCAAGGUGCUUGUGUGCCCUCGAAAACAGCUGCCCACCCGGUCCUGCUGGAUCGCCUGGACUCCCCGGUCCAGACGGCUACGACGGCCUUGACGGAAUACCUGCACAUGAUGGCCUCGAUGCAGAAAAUGUGACGAAUGAGCCGUCACAAGGCUGUUUCACUUGCCCACAAGGACUACCUGGACCACAAGGACUGCAAGGACCUCCAGGAAUUCGCGGAAUGCGUGGAGCUAGAGGACAACCUGGAGCACCUGGAAGGGAUGGCGGUCCAGGGAUGCCUGGAGAAAUGGGACCUCCAGGACCACCCGGCCCUGACGGAACUCCAGGAAAGCCAGGAGAUAAGGGAGAUGACGCUGAGAAACCUGUUGGAAGGGCUGGACCACGUGGACCUCCUGGAGAACAGGGCCCAGAAGGUCCUGAAGGAUCGCCGGGUAGAGAUGCCUAUCCCGGUCAACAGGGCCCACCCGGAGAACAAGGAAGUCCAGGAUACCAGGGAGCUGCCGGCGCAGAUGGAGGAGAAGGACCACCAGGACCUCCAGGCAAUCUCGGAAAGAGCGGAGUAGCUGCAAAGUGUUCCCGACCGUGA